CUUCUACCAUUCAACCAAGGCGACCGCUGUUCUUCAGCGCUGGAAGUGUGUUUCAUUACUGGCCAUGUAUUGUACACAAAGUGUAGUAGUGUGUGCAUAUUUAUAUAUAUUCUCGUGAAUCUAUUAAACUUCUCAGGUAAGGAAAUUACCAGGAUUGGUUCUACGUAAUUGUCUGGUCAUUUGUUGUCGUAAUCAUUGUAGAUUACACGAUCUUUCUUCGAAAUUGUUGAGCGCAUUCGAUUGUCAAAGUCCGAGCGACGACUUACAAUGUUAUGUGUAAUAUAUUUAUGAAAACAUUGCGUUGCGUGGCAGUAGAGAAUCUCAUCUUCUCAACAACGCCCUCAGCCAACGCCUAGGCUCUGUGGUGGAGCUACGUGGUCCUGGCGGCUGAGACGCAGGUUGAUAAGAUUCCGUCGGGGCCAGUUUAAGGUUUUUUGGGUGGAAUCUAGGACGACACAGACAGCAGGCUGGUUAGGAUUUGUGGAAUAUGAAGCUUGAAUGGUUGGGAAUGAAGAUGGAGAAUAGCAUCAUGUCCUCUUCUUCAGGCUCUUGGAUUGCAUCGCUUUCUUGUUCUGCCCCGGAGGAGGACGUGUCUGUUUCGUCUGCAAUCAGAUGGCUGAGAUUCAUCUUCCUUUCUCCAUGUCCUCAAAGAACUCUGUUGUCUGCCAUUGAUGUCCUGUUCCUGCUUACCCUAGUUGUCUUUGCAAUCCAGAAACUCUAUUCUAAGUUCAGUUCUGAUAGGCAAUCCAAUGGAUCCAGUAAUGGCAUUGAAAAGCCUCUCAUCCAAAGCCAAAGAGUUCGAGUUCAAACGAAUGUUUGGUUUAAGUUAUCCAUAAUUCUUUCGGCUAUUUUAGGAAUUGCUUCUCUAGCAUUAUGCAUUUUCACAUUUAGCAGGAGUAGCUCAUCUUCAUGGUAUGUCAUAGAUGGACUAUUUUGGCUGUUUCAAGCAAUAACUCAUUUAGUCAUCACUGUUCUAAUAGGUCAUGAGAAAAAAUUCCAAGCUGUAACUCAUCCGAUGUCCCUUCGUCUGUUCUGGAUUGCCGACUUUGUUGUAAUGACCUUGUUCCUAGGUUCGGGGAUUACUCGUGUAGUCUCAGCACAAGAAAGUGAUCCUAAUUUGAUGUUGGAUGAUAUAAGUUCAUUCGUGGCGUUUCCAAUUUCAGUAGUUCUUCUGAUUGUUGCUGUUAAAGGAUCAACUGGAAUAACAGUGACAAGGGAUUCUGAAUCAGAAGUGGAUGGCGAGGCAAGUGAGUAUGAAACUGUUCUGGGAAAAUCCAAUGUGACUGGCUAUGCUUCGGCCUCGCUCCUGUCCAGAACGUUUUGGAUUUGGAUGAACCCUUUGUUGAGAAAGGGUUACAAAGCACCGCUGAAGCUUGAUGAUGUUCCUACACUUUCACCGGAGCACAGAGCUGAGAGAAUGUCAGAGCUUUUCGAAAGGAAUUGGCCUAAGCCUGAAGAGAACUCCAAGCAUCCUGUAAGAACCACAUUGCUGCGUUGCUUCUGGAAAGAGGUUUUAUUUACUGCUACACUUGCAAUCAUAAGGCUGUGUGUGAUGUAUGUCGGGCCAUUGCUCAUCCAGAGGUUUGUUGAUUACACGUCGGGGAAGAGGACAUCUCCUUAUGAAGGAUACUACCUCGUUGGCAUUCUCAUGGUUGCCAAAUUUGUUGAAGUUUUGACCUCUCAUCACUUCAAUUUCAAUUCCCAGAAGCUUGGAAUGCUCAUCCGGUCCACACUCAUCACUUCGUUAUACAAGAAGGGCUUGAGACUUACCUGCUCUGCUAGACAGGAUCACGGGGUUGGGCAGAUAGUAAACUAUAUGGCGGUAGAUGCUCAGCAAUUGUCUGAUAUGAUGCUGCAGCUACAUGCUGUAUGGCUUAUGCCAGUGCAAGUUUCCAUAGCUUUAGCUAUCCUAUAUCUUAACCUUGGAGCUUCAACAGUCGUAACGCUGGUUGGACUUGUUGCAGUUUUACUAUUUGUUGUGUUUGGCACUCGAAGAAACAACAGGUUCCAGUUCAAUAUCAUGAAGAACCGCGAUUCCAGAAUGAAGGCAACGAACGAGAUGCUUAAUUACAUGCGUGUCAUAAAGUUCCAGGCCUGGGAAGAUCAUUUCAAUGAGAGAAUACAAUCAUUCCGGAAUAUAGAAUAUGGGUGGCUAUCUAAGUUUAUGUAUUCGAUUGCUGGGAAUUUGAUUGUUCUGUGGAGCACUCCAUUACUCGUGGCUACACUCACAUUCGGAAGCGCGAUUUUGUUGGGGAUUCCACUCGAUGCUGGGACAGUAUUUACAGCAACUUCACUCUUUAAGAUGUUGCAGGAGCCAAUCAGGACCUUUCCACAAUCCAUGAUCUCUCUUUCACAGGCGAUGAUAUCUCUCGAGAGAUUGGAUAAAUAUAUGAUUAGUAAGGAGUUGGCUGACAAGUCAGUGGAAAGAGUGGAAGGCUGUGGGGAUGGAAUUGCUGUGGAAGUGAAAGAUGGCACUUUUAGUUGGGACGAUGAACGAGGUGAAAAAGUACUGAAAGAUGUAAAUUUUGAAGUUAAGAAAGGGGAACUUACAGCUGUAGUUGGGACGGUUGGAUCUGGGAAAUCAUCUCUUCUAGCAUCAGUUCUUGGCGAGAUGCACAAGCUCACGGGGAAGGUAAGAGUUUGUGGUUCAACUGCCUAUGUUGCGCAAACAUCAUGGAUUCAGAAUGGGACCAUACAAGAGAACAUCCUGUUUGGUUCACCAAUGAAUCGCCAGAGAUACGAGGAAGUCAUCAAGGUUUGCUGCCUGGAAAAAGAUCUCGAAAUGAUGGAGUAUGGAGAUCAGACCGAAAUUGGAGAGCGUGGUAUUAACCUCAGUGGUGGCCAGAAACAGCGAAUUCAACUUGCAAGAUCUGUAUAUCAGGAUUGUGAUAUUUACCUGCUCGAUGAUGUCUUCAGUGCUGUUGAUGCUCACACUGGUUCUGAAAUCUUCAAGGAAUGUGUAAGGGGAGCCCUAAGAAAUAAGACGACUAUACUGGUAACACAUCAAAUAGACUUCUUGCAUAAUGUUGAUCUUAUCCUUGUGAUGCGAGAUGGGAUGAUUGUGCAAUCAGGAAAAUAUAAUGAUUUGCUAGAAUCCGGCCUGGAUUUCAAGUCACUAGUAGCUGCUCACGAGUCGUCCCUCGAACUAGUUGAUGUUGAAACCACUUCAGGCAGCAAAGAUUCACCUAGGAUGGAAAAAACAAAACAAAGGUCAUUUAAACAAGGUGAUGAAAAUGAGGAUGGAGCUCUGCAGCAAUCUGAGGGUGGUACGGGAGGUUCUAAGCUAAUAAAGGAAGAGGAACGAGAGACUGGAACUGUCGGUUUCCAUGUUUACAAAUUAUAUUGCACCGAGGCUUUUGGAUGGUGGGGUGUAGCAGCAGUUGUGUUGUUGUCCUUACUUUGGCAAGGGACUCAAAUGGCAAGCGAUUACUGGUUGGCGUAUGAAACCUCUGAGGAACGCUCAUUCAAUCCUUCUUUGUUUCUUGAGGUAUAUGGUAUCAUUGCUGUUCUGUCUGCUGUGGUGGUAGUUGUGAGAAUGUACUCUGUCACGCUUAUGGGGCUCAAGACUGCUCAAAUAUUCUUCGGGCAAAUUCUCUACAGCAUACUGCACGCUCCUAUGUCGUUCUUUGAUACAACACCUUCUGGAAGAAUUCUCAGUCGGGCUUCUAAUGAUCAGACCAACAUUGAUGUUUUCCUCCCAUUCUUUAUGAAUCUCACUUUGGCCUUUUACAUCACUCUCAUUGGCAUCAUCAUCAUGACAUGCCAAUAUACUUGGCCAACUGUAGUACUUCUGAUUCCACUUGGUUGGCUAAACUUCUGGUGCCGGGGAUACUUUCUUGCAACCUCCCGGGAAUUGACCAGGCUAGAUUCGAUUACAAAGGCACCAGUUAUCCAUCACUUCUCUGAAAGCAUUGCAGGUGUUAUGACCAUACGUUGCUUCAGGAAGCAGGAAGGGUUUUCUCAAGAAAAUGUCACCCGGGUUAAUGAGAACUUGCGUAUGGAUUUCCACAAUAACGGGUCCAAUGAAUGGCUGGGGUGCCGGUUAGAAAUGAUUGGAAGCUUCAUACUUUGCAUCUCUGCAAUGUUCAUGAUUGUUUUGCCCAGCAGUAUCAUCAAGCCAGAAAAUGUUGGGUUAUCUCUGUCGUAUGGACUGUCCCUCAACUCCUCGCUGUUCUGGACUAUAUUCAUAAGCUGCUUCGUGGAAAAUAAAAUGGUUUCGGUUGAGAGGAUAAAGCAGUUCACCAACAUACCAUCAGAGGCAGAAUGGAGAAAGAAGGAUCUUCUUCCACCUCCAAACUGGCCAUCCAAGGGAAAUGUUGAGCUUGAAAACUUGCAGGUCAGAUACCGCCCAAACACUCCUUUGGUUCUGAAAGGCAUUACUCUCAGCAUUGAAGGGGGCGAGAAGAUUGGUGUUGUUGGGCGAACCGGGGGUGGAAAAUCUACUCUGAUCCAAGUGUUCUUCAGGCUGGUGGAGCCUGCAGCUGGAAGAAUAGUCAUUGAUGACAUUGACAUUUCCAUUUUAGGGCUUCAUGAUCUUCGAUCCCGCUUUGGAAUCAUUCCUCAGGAGCCAGUUCUUUUCGAAGGAACAGUGAGGAGCAACAUAGACCCCAUUGGACAGUACUCAGAUGAAGAUAUAUGGAAGAGCCUCGAACGCUGCCAGCUUAAAGACGUCGUGGCCUCAAAACCCGAGAAACUCGACUCUCCAGUUGUUGACAAUGGAGAUAACUGGAGCGUCGGGCAGAGGCAGCUUCUUUGCUUGGGAAGAGUAAUGCUAAAACGCAGCAGGCUUCUGUUCAUGGAUGAGGCAACGGCUUCUGUGGAUUCUCAGACCGAUGGCGUGAUUCAGAGAAUCAUCAGGGAGGACUUCGCUUCCUGCACAAUAAUCAGCAUUGCUCACAGAAUACCAACUGUCAUGGACUGCAACAGAGUUCUGGUUAUAGAUGCAGGAAGAGCCAAGGAAUUCGACAGGCCAUCGCGGUUGCUGGAGAGGCCAUCGCUCUUCGGGGCUUUAGUUCAGGAGUAUGCUAACAGAUCAUCUGAACUGUAGAUGAGCUUUGAUGGGAGAAAUUUUUCUUCUGCUAAAAUAACCAAAUGAGUAUUGAAUCUUAGUUGUAGAAUUAUUUUGGAAUCUUGGAUUGAUACCUACGACGAUGCACGAAAUUUAUGAUGUUCUGUCAAAUGCAUAUGGUGUGUAGGAUAGUGUGUACAACUGCUUCUUGUUGCAGAAGUGGAGAAAACAGAAUCCACAUAUUUAUUGUAUGGAGUAUUAUGUUUACAUUUGAAUAGCUUCAUUGCACUAUUUUGAAACUUA